AUGUCUCAAAAGCCGCCACCUAUGUUCAUCAAGUCGAAAAGCUCACCUUCCCUCGAGUAUGGUAGAAUAAAAGAGACGCACUUGUUCUCUAUAUCCAAUAAUGAUAGCAAGAAGCGAUAUUUUUCAGCAAUUCAUGUACAUGGUCAAAUAAAGAAAGCCGCCUCAAUCUUCACCAGAUUACAGAAUGCUUUCAAAUCUGCAAAAUUAUCAAACAAAAAUCAUUCGGAAAUAAUCAUUACUACAGACAGGAUUCGUUAUAAAAAAGAGGAAAUAGAUCUUGGAGCACCACCACCUAUAGACGAUUCCUUUUUCUUCGAAAAUCUUGAAUCUUUACGAGGUGUGGAAAUUGAUGGAUUUAACAUACUUGAAGGAAUAUGGAAAACAGUGAGCGUUGCAGAAAUGUUAAUACUUACAGAAAUGGAGAAUGGUAAUGUACCAGAAAGAGAUGGAAUUCUCUUCCCAGAUUCUGACGAGAGAUUUAGAAGUAUUGCGUUAACCUGGGCUUGUAUUCGUGGAAUAUCUCAAAUUUUAGGCCGCCUAAAAGCCUCGGGGGCAAAUAUUAAUAAUCUUUAUUUAAAUGGAGCAACUCCAGUAAUGUUUGCUGCUUUUUCUGGAGAAAUUACUUGCCUCGAAUAUCUGGUUAAGACAGGUGCGGAUUUGCAUUACGUUAGCCCUCUUUAUAGUCAUUGUGCUUUGCACUCAGCUACAGCUGGAAACUGUCCUGAAACUGCGAAGAUUCUUCUGGAUAAUGGUGGUGACUUGAAUAAUGUAUCAAGUAAGCCAGACAUGCUCCCACUUUUAGACUAUGCUAUUAGGAUAAAGUCCGAAGAAGUUGCAGAAUUAUUCAUCAAGCGAGGAGCCAACGCCACAUAUAAAACCUCCACUGGACAAACUCCCCUUCAUGUGGCUUGUAGUGUCCAAUCUUUAAAAUGUUGUGAACUCUUAUUACAAAAGCCAGAAGUUGAUGUAAACGCUUUGGAUGAAAUAAAUAGGACUCCACUGCAUUACGCUAUAAUAGCUACUAGCUCGAAUAUCAAAAUAGUAGAACUCUUACUAAAGCAUGGUGCGUUGGUUAAUCAAAUUGACAAAAAGGGAUUUUCACCUCUUCAUAUUGCAGCUUUAGAGGAGCAAGCAGCAAUCGUUGAAAUUCUCAUUAUGAACGGUGCGGAUGUUAGUGCAACGACAAGAAAAGGAGUAUCAGCUCUAAAUAUUAUUUUACCGAAGGUACCGGAAUCUUUUCAAGCGUUUGGAAUGAAGAUGGAUUCUUCUAUAAUGUUGAGACAUCCAAGUUUUAAAAACCGGGAAUUUGAGAUGACAUUCGAUUUCACUUGUCUUCUUCCAAGUGAUGAAAGACCAGAAACUAGUCUCAUUAACACCUUUAUGCAGGAGAAUCUGACCCAUCUUUUAACUCAUCCUCUAAUCGAGGCAUUUCUCUACCUAAAGUGGAAAAGGAUAAACAAUUUUUACCUUCUUGAUAUUUUCUUCUACACGCUCAUGUUGAUCUUCAUGAGUACUUAUGUAUUAACGGCUUUCGCUUAUGGUUGUUACAAUUCCCCUCAGGGAAAUAAUACUAGCACUAAUGACACUAGUAUAAUUUGUCAUUACUUCGGCAGAGGACUUGUUGAAUUUUCUUCGUACAUUUGGUUGACUUUUGUUUGUUUGAUGUUACCAAGGAACAUUUUAAGCUUCAUUACUGCAAGGAACUAUAAGGAUUACCUCUGGAAUAUAGAACACAUUCUAAUAAUUAUAGUCAUGAUGAGCGCUUUUGCUACAUCUUUCUUGUAUGAAGGAAAAACUUAUCAAUGGCAGAAGUAUAUCGGUGCUUUCUCUAUACUUUGUGGUUGGACAAACUUGAUGUUCAUGAUUGGUCAACUGCCAGGAUUUGGUACUUAUGUCGCGAUGUUUACUCAUAUUCAAUUUGAAUUUGCAAAACUUUUGUUUGCCUACUCAGGACUAAUAAUUGGGUUUACUCUGAGCUUUUGUACAAUUUUCGAUAGAAAACAUCCUUUCGACAAUCUGUUUACGGCCUUGAUAAAAAUACUAACGAUGAUGACUGGAGAACUUGACCUUGAGGGACUUAUAAAUCUUUCAGAAGGGAGUAAAAAUGGUUAUAUCCUUGUUUAUCAUCCAUUAACUAUUUUUGCGCAAAUUCUCUUUAGCCUUUUUGCAAUUCUCAUUGUAGUAAUUUUAAUGAACUUGCUGGUUGGUAUAGCUGUGCACGACAUAAAAGGUUUACUUAAUCAGGCAAGUCUUACCAAGCUCAUUCGAACGACGAAGCUGAUAGUAUUCACGGAGUUAGCAGUGCACAAAAUAAACCUUUGCUUAUCGUUUGAAAGAUUACUGUCCAGUAAAACAGAUGCUCAAAUUGCAAAACAUAUUCUUUUAGUAAAACCACUAAGUCCACUCGAAAAGAGGCUUCCUGGACACAUUCUUAAUGCAGCGUAUGACAUUGCUAGAAAAAAUAGUCCAAUCUUAGAUGAUGCACAUCCAGAUUAUAACAAGAAGGUAUCUUUUAUUCCAAAGAUGAAAAAAGUAGAUAUAGAAACUACUUUUGAAAUUUGGAAUGAAAAACUUACUUCGCAGCUCGAAAUCAACGAUGAAGUUUUUCAGGUUAAGGAACAGUUACGCAAAACUAGAAGAAUUCUGGAAGAAAUGGUGGAAUAUUCGUAG